CUCACAAAUAGCAGAUUUCCAAUCAAAAUUAGAUUAAAAAAAUGGGUCUCUCUGGUAAGAUGGAAGCUGAUGUAGAAAUCAAAGCUUCUGCUGAAAUGUUCCAUGAUUUGUUUGGUGGCAGACCACACCAUAUGCCUAACGCUACUGAAAAAUUGCAAAGCUGUGAAUUGCAUGGAGGCGAAUUUGGCAAACAUGGCUCUGUUGUCUACUGGAAUUACGUUCAUGAUGGAGUGCCUAAAGUUGCAAAGGAAAUUGUGGAAUUAGAUGAUGCGAACUUGACCUCUACUUAUACAGUUACCGAAGGAGACCUUAUGAAGGAAUACAAGGCUUUCAAAUUUAUUGUUAAGGCUACACCUAAGGCUGAGGGCUGCACUGUUCAUUGGACCAUUGAAUAUGAGAAGCUGAAUGAAAAUAUUCCUGAACCCCAUUCUAUGCUUGAAUAUGUGGUCCAUCUCUCCAAAGACCUCGACGAGCAUCUGGCCAAAGCUUAAGCUUCCGCUCUCAAGAAUCGAUUGAUUAAGCAUAUUAUAACUAGAAUAAAUUGUGAGCUCGUUGUUAUCUGUUGUUCGAUUGCACACUUGCGAGUAUCGUAUAUUGUACUAAUAUUUUAAUACAUAAUAUUGGGAAUCAUAGUUAUUGUUAUUUAUGAUGUUUUAAUAAAAUCUGUUAAUUUGUGUUCGUA